CACCCUGUGUAUUAACCACGGGUGUUUUUUACGUCAUACACAUGACAAUGUCACUUCAUAAUUAAAUUUGUCGGUAACACAUUUGUUUUCAUAAUUAAUGAACGGGUUUUACGUUUACAUUAAAUUAAGAGAUCACUAUUAAACAUAACUGUCAUAAUUAUCAGUUGGGUUAUGUUUUAACGGGGUAAAUGACGGACUUCACAGAUACGAAGCUGUUAUGGUAAGAUAGAACGAAUACAAGAAAACAGAUACAUGGCCUGUAUAAAUUGUGGCUCUUGGGAGCAAUUGUCAGCAAAGUGAAAGAUGCCAGGAGAACCGUCUAUAGCUACUGGAAAUAAAACUUCUGGAAAAAUUAAACGAAUUUCCAUUCCAAGAGUGCAAAGCAGUACAGAUACAGAAUUGCAGUCACAAAGUGGUUCCACUCCUCUACAACCAAAUGCAGUUCACUAUGCUGCUUUUCGUAUAGACCCUGAUGACAGUGUAUUGCCUCCAACUUUACGAUGUCGGUUGUUAGAUUUGUUUCAGCAGAUAGAAAAGGAGUUUGAAAUUCUUUAUACAGAAAAUUCGGGAUUGCAAGAGAAAAUUGAUGCUCUUAAUGAAAAGCUUGAAAGAGAAUGUUAUGGUUCUGGAGAACGGAGCUUACCUCUUGGGGAUGUUGCAGAUUUCCCAGAUACAAAAAGUCUUUCAAAACAAAAAUCCAUGGCAGGCAAUUCAGCACAGAAAACAAAAACAACUUCUAACAAGUUGAAAGCACAAACAAGUAAAAUAGUUUCAAGUUUCAAAACGCCGACUAUGAGUUGUAGCAUGCAAAGAGAAUAUUCUGGUCACCGAGAUGGUGUUUGGGAAGUUUCUGUUGGAAGAUUAGGUCAAGUUAUUGCUACAGCUUCUGCUGAUCAUACUGUUAGAGUUUGGGCGGUAGACAGUGGUCGCUGUCUUCUUCAAUACAUAGGUCACUCUGGUUCCGUUAACUCAGUACGUUUUCAUCCAACCAAAGAAUUAGCAUUAACGUCUAGUGGAGAUAAUUCUGCCCAUGUGUGGCAAGCGGCCGUUGAUUGGGAUUUUCCUAAAAGGCAAAGUUCGAAUGAAGAACUUUCAGCAUUAAGCUGCGACAAAAAUGUCAGUGGUGUAAUUCCUAUAAACGAGGAACAAGAAGAACCGCCUACUCUGAGAACCCCAGUGCGAAAAUUUGUGGGUCAUACAGGUGUAGUAAUGGCUGCAGACUGGUUACCUGAUGGAGAACAGGUCGUAACUGCUUCUUGGGACAGAACUGCAGAUCUUUACGAUGUUGAAACUGGAGAAAUUAUCCAUACAUUAUGUGGUCAUGAUCAAGAACUCUCUCAUGUUUCUACUCAUCAUACACAAAGACUAUGCGUCACUUCAAGCAAAGAUAGUACUUUCCGUUUAUGGGAUUUCAGAGAACCUAUUCACUCAGUUUCCGUUUUUCAGGCACACACAGAGACAGUAACAUCCGCCGUUUUCACGCGCGAAGAUAAAAUCGUUUCAGGCUCAGAUGAUCGAACUGUGAAAGUAUGGGAAUUACGAAAUAUACGAAGUCCUUUAGCUACAAUUCGAGGUGACAGCGCUGUGAAUCGUUUAGCUGUUUCUAGUACUGGUAUUGUUGCGAUUCCACACGAUGAUAGACAGAUUAGAUUGUUUGAUCUAAGCGGUCAGCGAUUAGCUAGAUUGCCUAGAACAAGUAGGCAGGGUCAUCGGAGAAUGGUUUCGUCUGUGGCUUGGGCACAGGAUAGUGGAGUCUGCAAUUUGUUCUCUUCCGGCUUUGAUAGACUAGUUCUUGGAUGGUGUAUUGUACAUCUUAAGGAUUAUUGACAAAACAAAUACAUGUAUUUAAACAACAAAUAGAAACAUAAAACAAUUAUUU